AUGUUCAAGAUCAAAGAGUUGCUGUAUCGCUAUGGACUCUGGACUGUGGAGCAGCCGCUGCCGAACAGCUCCAACUGCACCAUAUGCUUCGACAUGGCCAACGACGAGGACGAGGUCUUGAUUGUGCACCGGUUGCCCUGCGGACAUUUGUUUCACAAGAACUGCAUCUUGCGCUGGCUGAGCUGCAACAACGUCUGCCCCAAUUGCCGGCGCGAGGUGCAUGCAGCAGCCCCGCCCCGCCGGGAAUAUCAGCAUAUGGGCGCCGAUCAUCAGCCCGUCGGCGCCGCCGUGCUGCUCUGGCCACGCGGUCGUCCACCGGUCUCCACCUACGUGCAUCGCCUGCAGCCGGCACUUGAUCAGGCAACAAAUACAAGAAUUUUCACGGAACCAUGGUCAUAG